AAUUUAUUCACAAUUGAAAAUGAUCUCUAAAGGACAAAGAAGAAAAUCUCGUCGCGGUAACUUGACCAACUACGAACCUCCAGCUGAUGUGGAUAGCGAUAGGCCGAUGACCACUGAGGUUUUAGUGCCGAAGGCAGAUAUUGACUUCUUAAAGCAGAGUUUUAAACAUUAUGAUAAGGAUAAAUAAGGGCUUUAUUAAGGAUUUUGAAUUACAGAUCUUCUUCCCUUCUAUUGGAAUCCACCUAGAAGAAGAAAAGGCUGAAGAGGUCUUAAAAAGGCUGGGCACUGGCGAUAGCAAGAAGAUCGAUGAGAGAGCCUUGGUCAGAGCACUCCAUAUUCUCAAAGAAAUGGAGAUGGAAGAGCCGGAUGAACAACAAGAUGAAUACCUUGACGCCUUUGUGGCUCUUGGUGGUCUUCCAAAUAAGGAAGGUAGGAUAGAAGCUAAGUUGUUGAUCGAGAUUAUUAAGGACGAUUUCGAGCUUACUAUUAAUAUGAAUGAUUAUCUCAAUUCUGUAGAAUCGUCAGAUACAUUAGACUUCUAUCAGUUUUGUGUCCUACUAGAUGCCUCGACUAGUGGCAACCCUAGCAGGUUCUCAUCAAUGCUUGCUAACAGAGGAUUCUCCGUGCUGCAGGGAAGUCUGUUCGAGUUUGAGAGGGACAUGCCAUAGAUAUGUAACUGAAACUUCUAAAAAGCAAGUUUAUUUCUCCUACCUAUGUUAAGCUUAUCAAAUAAUCCUCCUAAUUAUAGACACUGGUUGAUUAUUCA